AGAAAAACUAUGAGCUCAACAAGAUCAUUUCAUCAUAGCUUUAGAAGCAAUAAUAGCCAAAACAUCAAAGUAGAUGAUGAUGAUCAGAGGAGUCAAAAUAAUAAAUAUAAGCACAGAAGUGCAGAUAAUUAUUUAUUCCCUUCUACUUAUUACAAUGAUCAUAAUAAUGAUCUCUCAAGAAACUCCAGCAAGAGAGUGAACCCCCCAAAAAGCUCAAUGGAUUAUUGUUAUUAUUAUUCCAGUUCAUCAUCCCCACCACCACCUACUUUUUUUGGAAAAAUUCCAAGCACUAGACAUAGUUCAAAUAAUAAUAAUAAUAAUAAUAAUAAUCCUAUUAUGUUCUCAAACUCUUCUGGGAUGUUGAAACCACCACCCAUUGAGAAGAAACUGGAGUGUACUCUUGAGGAGUUGUGUUAUGGCUGCCAAAAGAAGCUCAAGAUCACUAGAGAUGUCAUUAAUGAUUUAGGAAGAAUAGUAGAAGAAGAGGAGUUGUUGACCAUAAAAGUCAAACCUGGAUGGAAGAAGGGAACAAAGAUCACAUUCGAAGGAAUGGGGAACGAGAAGGCAGGGUCGUACCCGGCAGACAUAAUCUUCAUCAUCGCCGAGAAACGCCACCAGCUGUUCCGAAGAGAAGGAGACGACUUAGAGUUCGCCAUAAGAAUUCCUCUGGUGAAAGCUCUCACUGGCUGUAAAAUCUCCAUUCCCCUACUGGGUGGGGAGAAGAUGAGGUUGACUGUUGAUGAUGUCAUACACCCUGGCUUUGUCAAGAUUGUCCCAAACCAAGGCAUGACUGUUGCUAAAGAUCGAGGAAUUCGGAGGAGGAGAGGAGAUUUGAGAGUUGUGUUCUUGGUUGAUUUUCCAUCUCACCUUAGUGAUCAUCAGAGAUUGGAUGUUCUUACUAUAUUGCAAGAUGAAGGUUGAAUUAAUAAAUUUGUUGUUGUUUUUUUUUAGUGUUUUUGUGUUGUAGGGGUAAUUAUGUAUUGAAAGAAAAGUUUGGAGAGUGAGAAAAUGUUGGUUUAGUUAGUUAGAGAGAAAAAAAGAUAGUUGAAGAGAGGAGUGUAAAAAAAAUUUAGUCUUACUAAUAUAUAAUUCUUACUUAAGUUCCA